AUGAAUGUAAUUUGGUCAACCCAAACGCCAAAAGUUUUGGAUUUGGAGUUCAUCAAAAUGACGAUAGACCACCCAUUAAUAUCUGAUAAAAGGGUCUGCAACUCCGCGAAGCCUUCAGAGACUGCGUUCAUUUUUAAUGGGAAGAUGGAACAAGAAAUUGUGAAUUUGAAUCUAGAGUCUCGGAAUAGCCACGAAGUGAUACCUUCCCCACAAGCCAAGGACUCAGAGAAGGUUGAAAUAACAAAUGAUGAGCGUCAAGAAGAUCAAGCAUAUACUGCUAGUCGAUCACAAAAGGACAGCUGUCAAACAUCUAAGUUGCCGAAGGAAGAAGCCAAGAAAUCUCGAGAAGAGCUGAAGCAGCAGCAGAAAAUUCAGAGGGAGCUCAAAAAGGAGCAGGAAAAGAGAGAUCGCGAGUUCAAACGGGAGCUGGAAAGACGAGAGAAGGAACAAAAAAAGCUCGAAGACAAAAAGCGUAAAGAAGAUGAGAGAAGGGAGCGCGAGCUGAGGAAAGAGGAAGAGAAGCGCGCUAAAGAAGUCAAACGUGAACAAGAAAAACAGGAACGAGAGCGGCGCAAGGAGGAAGACAAACAAAGGAAGCUCGAGGAAAAAGCCAAACGCGAAGAGGAGAAGAGGCAGAAAGAGGACCCAUCAGGCCAAAAUCAAAGCAAGAUCGGUAGUUUCUUCAAAAAAUCAAACACUUCGAAAAGUUUUGUCUCAACAAAGACCGAUUUCGAAAGACACUUUCUUCCUUUUUACGUGAAAGAUGGAACUGUAAUGGGCAAAAGCUUCGCACUUUCCCCAGACAUGCUGAAAGCUUCAAAGUCUGACAUUGACGCCAAGCUUCAAACUAGAGGCUCUCAAGAAGAUACCGUACUCUGGAUGUCAUCUUACAAACAGAUCAGAGGCUAUACUGUGAGAAAAACCGCAGUUGAGUUGGUCCAGUUAAUGACCAGCAAGGACAAGACAAAUCAGGAGCUAGAGGAUCGACUGCGAGAGAUUCCCCAAAAAUUCAUCAAAUUUUAUGAAAACGUACGGCCACCUUACAUUGGCACUUACUCAAAGGACUUUAAACUACCAUGUCACGACCCUUUCUCCGUCCAAGAAACCGGUUUUGAUUACGAUUAUGAUUCGGACUGGGAUUGGAUCAAUGAAGAAGAGGAAGAAGGCGGAGAGGUGGACGAUCUUGAAGAUGGAGAUGAAGAGGACGAGGAAGAAGAGGUGGAAGAUGGAACAGAGGGUGAGUUCGAGGGGUUCUUGGAUCAUGAGGAAUCUCAAGAUCCACGAGACGGCAAGAAAUUUUUGGGGCCCCUAAUACCUGUUGUGAGGAUGCGCACCAACCUCGCGGGAUUAGAUGACGAGGAUCGGAAUUAUUUUCGCAUGAUUAGUGUCACCUGUCUUCUUCAUCAGGGACCCUUUUCCAUAGACCCAACUCAUAUGUCUCCAAAAGCAGGUGCCAUCAACAAAAGAACUGCAGCAGAGCUUGAUGUCAAGCCUGAACAUCCCAAGAGUAGCUCAAUCGAUAAUUUGUCAUCUUCUGCUGAACAAGGCUCUUCUCAAGCGUCUCCAACUCGCGCAAAAAAAGCCAGGUCUAUAAUAUCCGAUCCAGAUUCUCUUCUGAAAAUUUUUGCGGAGGUUCACGAAAGCACUUUCUCGCUAGGAACAGUUACUGAGAUACUUCAAAAGCAGCUUUCGAAGCAUUCAAAGGUCGCUAUACGUGACACGAUCAAAGAAUAUACGACUAGGCCUGUGGCCAAAGCAGGAAGCUCACGGAUUUGGCUUGUAAAAGAUAUGGAGAAAUGGAAUGGCCUCAAGCAGAAUAUUGAAACCUCUAAACCAGAUUCCAAAGAAGUCCAUCACUGA